AUUACAGUACGAGCGCUUGGACGUGCUGCGCCUCACAGUAGCGGGGGAGGAGGCCGACCAACAUGCUCAUACGGAACUUAUCUGAGUAGCUGUCUCUUGCUGGGUUUUUAUUCCCCCGACUGAAAAGUAAGCUGGCAUCCUAAGGAGGCAUGGCAGCGAAGGAAGACAUUUACUCCAAAAUCAUUCCUCGCAGACUCCGGCCAAACCGACACAACACCGUCAAACACGGCUCUCAUUUGGACGUGCUGUUAUCGAUGGGCUUCCCUCAUACCCGAGCGUUAAAGGCACUGGUUUCUACAGGAGGCAGGAAUGUACAACUUGCAUGUGACUGGCUUUUUUCCCAUAUAGAUGAUCCUUUCCUGGACGACCCCUUACCCAGAGAGUAUGUAUUGUACUUACGGCCAAGUGGCCCCCUUCAGAACCAGCUGGCUCACUUCUGGCAGCAGUCACGCCUCACAUGUGGCAAGAACAAAGCCCACAACAUAUUUCCUCACAUCACACUCUGUCAGUUCUUUAUGUGUGCAGACAGUAAAGUUGAAGCUUUGUGUGGGGCUUUACAGUCCACAGUUAAUCAGUGGAGAGGCCGCUUUCCUAGCCCUUUGCCCUUAGAGCUCUACACCUCUUCCAAUUUCAUCGGUCUCUUCGUUGAGGAGCAGGUGGCUGAGACCCUGAGGAAAUUUGCUUUCAACUUUGCUGCAGAAGCUGCCACUAAAGCAGAUGUACAAGUGGAGCCACAUAAGAAGCAGCUACAUGUGACUUUAGCUUACAACUUUCCAAGCAGCCACUUUACUUCUUUGGAGAAAUUGGCGAGAGGAAUCGAAGUCAAGCUUAGUUGUGAUUGGCUCGCUGUUCUUUUCUCACGUGACAUUAGAUAUGCAAAUCAUGAGACUCUAAAGGUGAUGUACCCAUAUGUUCCUCAAAAUGAAGACGAGCUAGAGCUGGUACCAGGGGACUUUAUAUUGACCUCUCCAGUGGACCAUAUGAGCACCAGUGAGGGAUGGGUGUAUGGUACCUCUCUGAGCACAGGGCUUUCCGGUCUGCUUCCUGAAAAUUAUAUUAAUCGGGCUGAUGAGUGCGACACCUGGGUUUUCCAUGGGUCGCACUCAUUCUUCAGUGCCUUGCCUUCAGAAAAAAGCAACAAAGAGAGCAGAACACUGGAUGGCCUGCUCAGCAUUCAGUGCCUAGAAAACUCAAAAGCUGGAGAUUCAUCUAUUAUGAAUGUAGUCUGCCAACCUAUGCAGGUACUUAGAGUGAACAGUCACUCGCAGUCCCCUAAAAGAACUCUGUUUGUCUGUCGUCAUGGAGAGAGGAUGGAUGUGGUCUUCGGAAAACACUGGUUCUCACAGUGCUCAGAUGCCAAAGGCAGAUAUGUGCGAAGUAACCUGAACAUGCCCCCUUUUCUGCCUGCUUGGGGUGGAAACCGAGAUUAUGACAUGGACGCUCCUAUUACAGUAUUUGGAGCAAUACAGGCCAGAACUGUGGGUGAGGCAUUACUGGAAAAUAAUAUUACUAUUGACUUUGUUUACUGCUCGCCCAGCCUCCGCUGUGUCCAAACAGCCCAUGAGAUUCUCAAAGGCAUGAAGCAGGAUGGGAAGUUAAAGACACGAGUGGAGCCAGGGUUAUUUGAAUGGACCAAAUGGGUCUCUGGAAAUUCUUUACCUGCAUGGAUAUCUCCUAUAGGCCUUGCUGCAGCCAACCUCAGUGUUGACACAACAUACAAACCUCAUGUCCCUAUUACUAAACUAAAUGUGUCAGAAUCCUAUGACACCUACAUGAGCCGCAGCUACAGAGUGACCAAAGACAUCCUGACAGACUGCAAAAAUAAGGGAAACAACAUUCUCAUCGUGGCCCACGCGGCAUCUCUAGAGGCCUGCACUCGCCAGCUUCAAGGCCUCACCCCACACAACGCCAAAGAGUUUGUCCAAGUUGUCAGAAAAAUUCCAUAUCUGGGUCUUUGUGCAUGUGAAGAGCAAGACACUGGUGUGUGGCAGCUGGCAGACCCACCUAUCCUCCCCCUCACACAUGGACCCAAUCACAGUUUCAGCUGGAGAGAUACUCUCCAGCAGGAAUGACAUUCCCUGACCUUGUCUGCUAACAACUCUGGAGGGCUGUGCAUCCUGCUGUUUAAGGUGCACUGGAACUGAUCAACAUAAUUUUUUAUACUUGUGUGAUUAAUCUCUGGGACAAUAACACCAUGUUUUACGUUUACAAGACAAAUAGGGGCAGUAAACAAAUGGAUGCAUUUUAUUUAAAUACAUAAAUAUUUAAAGUUUUUUCUCAGGGCAUUGGUAAUUACUCUUAGAAGUUAAGGGUUAAGGCACAUGACCAAUGGCACAAACUGCAUAAAUUCACCCAGACUGUCUACUUACAUGAGUUUGUGGACAGAAGCAUAAAACAGGCUAUUCUCUUAGUAAUGGAGUGUUGUAUAAAAUUGUUUCUUGAAUAUGAUUGGCAGAGUAAGAUCUGCAACCGUCUUAGCACUUUUGAUAAUCAUGCUAUGCAUAUAAACUUCAAAAAUACGUUGUAUUACAGUGUAUUUAGGCACUGCUUUGUGGUUUUCUUUUCAUUUCUGUAAGUCAAUAAAGACCCUUCACUAAUAA